GACCGGAGAGGACGGAGGCUCCCGGGUCACCGACGCUGCAGGAGAUUUAGCUCUCCAGAAAUACCGAAAGGCGGCUAAGUUUUUGUUCAGAAUGCGUCCUUAAUCCGCUGGACUUUCUUCAAAAGGGGGGAAGAAAAAAAAAAAGAAAAGAAAAUCGAACCUUCUGAAAUAAAGCUUCGCUAUUUUUCGAUUCCUGGAGAGCUUAACGCGCCUCGUUUCCAAACAUGAUCGGGAGAGGACUGCUCAUCCUGACAGUACUGUCCAACUGCGUUCUGUCAUUGCCAGUGACUUCAAGUCAGCUGGAGAAUGAAGACGUAAAGGUGAUGAAAUGCAUUGUGGAGGCGUUGGCAGAUGUGCUAUCAAGGCCCCAUCCGAUGCCUGUCAGUCAGGAGUGUCUGGUCGUACUGAAGACAGAUGACAGGCUUGUUACUAUCCUUCGCCAUCAUAACUUUCUGAAGGAGCUGCAGGAGAUCGCUCUCCAAGGCGGCCAAGAGAAAGCUCAGCUGCAAAGAGACGCUGCUACACCUGACCCAACGACACAAACUCCUCAGACUACGGAUGACGCAUCUGAUCGAUCCAUGUUGGAGGCUUUAGGAGGCCCCGGUGAAAGAUCCAUCCUCUCCCAGAAGAGGAGGACAGGAAAUGGGGAAGGAGAGGAUGAGACCCUGAGAGAUGGAGGGCAUCACGAGGACGAUGACAUUAUUGAAGAGGUGCAAGUGAAGAGGGAAGAUGACGAGAGCCCAGGAAGUCACGUCUCUGAGUCUUCGGAUGAGUGGACCGAGGGCAAGGCUGCAAAGAGGGAGGAAGAAGGAGAAGGAGAGGACUAUGAAGAGAAGAGAGCAACAUCAGAGGAGAAUUCAGAGGAGGAAAACAUGACAGAGGAUAAAAAAAGUGCAGCAUCUGAAGAUAAACCCAGGAAGAAAUCAGAAGAAAAGAAGUUUGAUGAAGAAGAUGAGGAAGAGAAAGACAAGAGAUCUGCACUUUUCUCACACAAACAAGAGGAGGAACAGGAGGAGGAAGGGGAGAUGAAGAGAGGGAGCAGGGAGAGCCUGAAGCGAUGGACCAAGAGAGGCAAGGGCUUGCAACUGAAGAAAAAAGCCGGCGGAGAGGAGGCGCAGCAGCUCCGUGGUCAGCAGGAAGUGCCACAUCAUUCGAAGGAGGUCACAGAGGACGAGGAGGAGAAGAAGAAAGGAGACACUCAGAGGAGUCCAGAGGAGAAGGAGCUGCAGAUGAUUGCUAGAAGAGCACCAGAGGAGAGGAGGGGGUCUGAGGAAGAGGGGAGUGCCAGCAGAAAGUCAGAGGAGCCAGAGAUUGAAAGCCUGGCAGCCAUCGAGUCAGAGCUCGAAAACGUUGCCCAGAAACUCCAUGAGCUGCGGCGAGGCUGAGAGAGAGAGACUGGUACAAAGUUGACACCGCAACCUCCUCUGCCUCCUCAUCCUCCUCCGCUUUACCAGCUGCCUGGUUUCUACAGAUAGAGCGUGUGAAUAUGUGACAAGUUUUUAUCUUUUGCUAUUUUUCUUCAGGGUGUCCACUCCCGCCACACUGCUGCAGCCUCCCUUGUGACAUCCUGUCCCUCACAUAGAGUAGCAAACAGUAGAUGCACACUGCGACCAGACACGCAUACAAAAACACACAAAUGUGCAAGUUCUGCACAUUAAAAAACGUGCAUACAUUAUUUAGAACAUUCAGCAAGGCUCCCAAAGGGAAAAGUCGUUCUGUCAGUGAAGGUUGACAUCUUGUUUUCCUUCAUUUUCUCUGACAAUCAUCUCUGUCUUUCUGCAAAUGUGUCUGCUUUUCAGAUUAUUUUUAACACUGCACACUGAUUUAUGUGAAAGGCCGAGGCAGAUCCAGGUAUACACACACCAACAAGGUGAGGUUGUACAGUAACGGCAUGUAUACAUGUACAAAGCUGUUUCUGAGAUGCUUACUUACUUAUAAGGAAGAAGAACACAUGCUUACUUAUUAUUAUAGAUACAGUUGACACUAGUCAAGCCAAGGCAAUAAGUGAACAUUUUUAGCAGAUAAAUAGCUGGAUUGUAAUCUAAAGCUGAAUGAAGUUUAUGAAUGAAGUUUAUGUAAGAAAAAUAAAUUGAAUAGUUUAUCUGGAAAUCUCUGUUUGGUAAGUUCCUUUUAAUGCCUCUAAAAACUAAUAAACAUUUGCAUAAUAGAAUUAAUGCAAUAAACUCUGCAUAGUAACAAAUUUACAACUUCGUAGAUAUCUUAAUAGACUGUUUAGCUGGUUCAAAUGAUCAUUUUUAUCACAUGGCACCUGAU